AUGUUGCAAGACAUAGUGCAAAGUAUUAAUGAUAAAUAUUCGAAUGUGCAAAAGAUGGAAGAGAGAACAGCGAAAUUAUUUUCAAGAAUUCAAAGUGUAUCCUAUGCAAUGAAAAAAGCAAUGAAGAAAACGAUAAAAAAAACGCCAAAAUUAUGCGGAAUAGCAGUUGAAAAAAAUUCUUCAUCGUCAGUUUAUUACUCGUAUACAUCAACAUUAUCAUCAGUGACAAAUGUAAAUACUGAUUCAAUUAGUGCGAUAUCAAAUUGCGACUCCGGUAUCUCUUCAUCCUUACCUCAUUCACCACUGUGUCCAAGAAGAUAUGAUGAUGAAUUAUUACUUCCCUAUGCAAAUGAAUCAAAAAUCAAUUAUAUGGAAAAUGAACUUUUAACAAGUCGACCACAAGAUGAUGUUGACAAUAUUCAAUCGAUAUAUCAACACAUCUAUUCUCUAUUACCUCUAGCUGAGAGUAGUAGACAUGAUAAUAAUAAUUCAGAUACUCUAUUUUUUCAUCAAGAAGACGUUACAUAUGCAUUACAUGAACAACAGGACGAUGAACAAUUAUUUUCUAGUACUCGAAAUGAUGUCGAAGGUCCUCUAACAUCGACAACGAUACAAAUAUGGCAUCAUGUUAUUCGUGCAUAUUCUGCAAUGUUCAAACAAGAUUUAUCAGUUAAAAAAUAUGAACAGAUUCAAAUAAUUAGAGCGACACAUCCACAUUGGUUAUUGGUAAAAAAUGAGAGAAAUGAACAAGGAUAUAUUCCAACCGAUUGUCUUAUUUGA